AUGGUUGCCAUCUGCAUAAAAAUAGGAGAGCGAGAGAGAAAAAGAGUGCACAUCAUGUUGUUGGCGUAUACGUGGAAAACGCGUGUAUCGUCUCACCAGUGCAACAAAUCCCCCAUUUUUGGUCUUUUUGCAAUUCAAUUUUCAAAUAUUUGUUCUAAUCUGUUGCUGCUGCAGCAAAAGCUCGUAACUGUUCUCACUCCUCGUAAAACUAUGAAAUUUCCACGAGUUAUUACUUUUCAGAGCAUGGGUUUGAGCCGAUACUUAAGCAGGCGUCAUCACUGGGUAAUACAAUAUUGCGGGCUUCUUCUAUUUCUUUAUUUAAUUUAUUCCUACGUUGCCACCUCGAAUGACGGACCAAAUUUACAUGAGGAUAUUCCAGUUUUUCAGGGUCAGGGAAAAGAUCGUGCAAAUCCCAAUCCACCAGCAGCUCUAGGUGAUGAAGCCCUUGAUCCUUUUGAAAAAUAUCGCGGUCAUGAGAAAAUUAAAUGGGAAGACGAAGCUGCUUACGAGAAGGAAAAACGUCGAGAAGGCCCAGGAGAAUGGGGAAAACCAGUGAAACUUCCAGAAGAUAAGGAAGUUGAGAAAGAAGCGCUUUCCCUGUACAAAGCCAACGGCUACAAUGCCUACAUCUCAGAUAUGAUCUCAUUGAAUCGAUCUAUAAAAGAUAUUCGUCAUAAAGAAUGCAAAAAUAUGAUGUAUUCUGCCAAACUUCCCACUGUUUCCGUCAUUUUUCCAUUCCACGAAGAACACAACUCAACACUUCUUCGAUCUGUGUAUUCUGUCAUCAAUAGAUCACCCCCUGAACUUUUGAAAGAAAUCAUUUUGGUCGAUGAUUUCAGUGAGAAGCCGGCUCUUCGACAGCCGUUGGAAGAUUUUUUGAAAAAGAAUAAGAUUGAUCAUAUUGUCAAGGUUUUACGGACGAAAAAACGCGAAGGUCUGAUUCGUGGUCGCCAACUUGGAGCACAAGAUGCCACCGGUGAAAUCUUAAUCUUCCUUGAUGCUCACUCAGAAGCCAACUAUAACUGGCUUCCACCACUUUUGGAUCCAAUUGCAGAAGACUAUCGAACUGUAGUCUGUCCAUUUGUAGAUGUGAUCGAUUGUGAAACUUAUGAGGUCCGGCCACAAGAUGAAGGGGCACGUGGAUCAUUUGAUUGGGCAUUCAACUACAAACGACUUCCCCUGACGAAAAAAGAUCGCGAAAGCCCAACAAAACCAUUCAAUUCACCAGUGAUGGCUGGUGGUUACUUUGCAAUUUCUGCCAAAUGGUUCUGGGAACUUGGAGGAUACGAUGAGGGGCUGGAUAUUUGGGGUGGAGAGCAAUAUGAGUUGAGCUUCAAGGUUUGGCAGUGUCAUGGACGGAUGGUUGAUGCUCCGUGCUCUCGUGUUGCUCACAUCUACAGAUGCAAGUAUGCUCCAUUCAAGAACGCUGGAAUGGGAGAUUUUGUGUCGAGGAAUUAUAAACGAGUUGCCGAAGUUUGGAUGGAUGAUUAUAAGGAGACACUUUACAAACAUCGCCCCGGAGUUGGAAACGCAGAUGCCGGAGAUUUGAAGCUUAUGAAAGGAAUCAGAGAGAAGCUUCAGUGCAAAUCAUUUGAUUGGUUCAUGAAAGAAAUCGCAUUUGAUCAGGACAAAUACUAUCCAGCAGUCGAACCGAAAGCUUCUGCCGAAGGAGAAAUUAGAAAUGUCGGCACAAACUUUUGUAUUGAUACUCAAUUCAAAGAACAAAAUCAACGAUUCGGACUUCGAAAAUGCACAUCUGAUGAUAAGGAUGGUGGCGGGGAGCAGGAUUUGAGAUUGACGAGAUGGCAUGAUAUCCGACCGAAGGGACGGAAAAUCUGCUUUGAUUGCUCAACGAGUGUCGAUAAGGCUCCUGUUAUUCUUUUUGAUUGUCACUCAAUGAAAGGAAACCAACUGUUCAAAUACCGGGUGGCUCAGAAGCAAAUCUACCAUCCAAUUUCCGGUCAAUGUCUGACGGCAGACGAGAAUGGCAAAGGAUUUUUGCACAUGAAAAAGUGUGAUAGUUCAUCUGAUCUCCAAAAAUGGGCAUGGCAAACUGUGGAUAACGAACUGCUCGAAACACGGCAAGCCAACGAGGCGAAAGAGCAGGAAUGAAGAUUGUACAAAUAUAUGAUAGUUUUUAUUGCAUUUUUAAUUAUUUUAAUUUAAUCAUUUUAACCUAGAAAUCACGGGGAUACCUUUCAAAAAGCUGUUUUCACUUUCCAAAGAGUCGAAGUAUUACAUUUGGUUGUUUUUUUCUUGCAUUUUUCCGAUGAAAAUUUUAAAAAAAAAU